AUGCUAUUAGUUUUUAAACAUAUAGACGUAGAUAUUGAUGAAAAAGAAAUCUUGAAGAUUAUGGAAGAUAGUCAUAAUAAUUCAGAUCUUGGUGUUGAAUUUGAUAAAAGUGAAAAUGUAAAGCUAAUAGAAUAUAAUGAUGAUUUAGAUAUAAAGUGUUACAUAUUUGAAAAUGUGUCUUAUGGAUAUUAUAUUAUAUACAAUAAAUAUCGAACAAUAAGACUAAAUUUUUCGAAUUCAAGCUUUUGUGAACAUUGCAUAUUAGAUAGCUUCAAGAGUAAAGCAAUCUUGGAUUGCAUGUACUUACAUGACAAAGUACAAAAUCAUAUGAAUAGUAAAGAUCAUCGAAAAUGCGUCGUUUAA